AUGGGCCGGGGGCGCAGGAACCAUCGCUCGUCCGACCACAAGCACGGCACCCGCGCGCCACGUGAGCCGCUCGGCCUUGGGAACCCCGCCACGAAGACCACCCUGGGUGCGGGACUCCGAUCUACCCAGCCGCAUGGAGAUCCUCAAGACCUCGCGCCCGCCCCGGACGACCUCGCCCUCCUCGCCUCGACGUCUGCACCUGCCACUAGUGCGACGCAGCUGCGCCCAUCAACUGCGACGGAUGGAGAAGCGAUGGUGGACCUCGCACUCGACACGGACGACGGCGAAGAGUUGUUGGCAGUGCUCGACCUCUCGCCGGGAGACGCGGGGGCGACCGAAGGCGACGCGGACGAGGGCGACGCGGGGGCGACCGAGGGCGGCGCAGACGAGGGCGACGCGGGGGCGACCGAGGGCGGCGCAGACGAGGGCGGCGCGGAGGCGAGGGUUAUCGACAACGGUUCCGGCAUGUGCAAGGCUGGCUUCGCCGGUGAAGAUGCCCCCUGUGCCGUGUUCCCAUCCAUCGUCGGUGUCAUGGGUGGUGUGGACUCUUGCGUUGGUGACGGGGCCCAGUCGAAGCGUGAUGUCUUGGCCAUCAAGUACCCCAUCGAGCGCGGUAUCGUCACCGACUGGGACGACAUGGAGAGGAUCUGGACCCACACCUUCCGCAACGAACUCCGCGUCGCCCCUGAGGAGCACCCCAUCCUUCUCACCGAGGCCCCGCUUAACCCCAAGGCCAACCGUGAAAAGAUGAGCCAGAUCAUGUUCGAAAACUUCAACGCCCCCGCCCUCUACGUUGCCAAACAGGCCGUCCUCUCGCUCUAUGCGUCUGGUAGUAUCACCGGUAUUGUCCUCGACUCGGGUGAUGGUGUCACCCACACCGUCCCCAUCUACGAAGGUUACGCGAUCCCCACGCCAUCCUCGCGCGGUUACGCUUUCCACACCGCCGCCUCGCGCGAAAUCGUACGUGAAAUCAAGGAGGAGCUUUGCUACGUCGCCCUCAAUUUCGAGCAGGAGCUCCAGACCGCCGCUCACCCGUCCGCUCUCGAGAGGAGCCACGAGCUCCCCGACGGUCAAGUCAUCACCGUCGGCAACGAGCGCUUCCGUGCUCCAGAGGCUCUCUUCCAGCCUGCCUUCCUUGGUCUUCAAGCUGCCGGUAUCCACGAGACCAUAUACAACUCGAUUAACAAGGUGCGGGUCAGGCACGGGUACACGAAGCCGUACCCUUACCCGACCCGCACGGACACACGUCGCGACUUCUACGGCAACAUCCUCCUCUCCGGUGGCACCACCAUGUUCCCGGGUAUUACGGACCGUAUGCAGCGCGAGCUCAACGCUCUUGCGCCUUCGAGCAUGAGGAUCAAAAUCGCCGCUCCCCCCAAUCGCAAGUACUCGGUCUGGAUCGGUGGUUCGAUUCUCGCGUUGUAG